AUGAGCUGGAUUAACCAAUGUAACUUUUGGUCAUCUCCUAAGGCUUACAGAGGACCCGGUUAUGGAGAAAACAUAUGGCAGGGCGCUAAAAACCUUGACAGGACCACGGCAGCGAAUCAGAGCACUACUGAUUGGUUCAAUCAAUUGCAAUGGGGAGGCUACUUGAUAGGACAAGACAAUGUCCUUACUGAAGACGGUUAUCAACUCGGAGUUUCGAGCUACAGUCAGGUGGUGUGGCAAAAAACUCUGUCUAUUGGAUGUGGAGUAGUGCCGUGUAGUGACAAUAUAAUGGCAGGAUGCCACUAUAAAUAUGCGACCCAGGUCGGAGACGUGAUAUAUGAAAUGGGAAGCCCAUGCGCUACGGAUGAAGACUGCAAGUGUAUUGGAUGCAAGUGCAGUAAGGACGAAGCACUGUGUCUCGUUCCGCCACAAACAAAAUCACAGAAUUCAUAUUGGAAGAAUUAA